GCAAUAAUAACCAACUGCAGAACCGCAGAACCAUUACGUCAUAACAGUCUGAGGACGACAGCGCCAGACCGACUGUUUGAGAGCGGAAGUGGGCGGGGUAGCAGCCCGAUGCCGGAAGUUCAUGUUUAGACGUGUUUGUUUAGACUAGACAGUAAAAGGUUUUUAGACAGUAAAAGAUAAACAUUAAAAGGUUUUUAGACAGUAAAAGAUAGACAAUAAAAGGUUUAACUAUGGCGGAGCACACAGUAGAACAAGGAAAAGAAGAAGAGAAAGAAAAGCACAUAUCGAUUCAGAGAGGGUCAGCGCCUUGUUUCUACCAUGAGGAAGCAGGUGGAACUGAUGUUGUGAUGGAGGACAGUACCCCGGCUGCUUCAAUGGUUACAACAGGUGCAGGAAUGGUUUGUGACAUUAAACAGUUGUCUGCCAGUAGAAGUUGUUGGGAUUUCCAGCCAAGUGAUUGGCAGUCAUCAUUGCUUAACCAGAUUUUGAGUAAAAAUGACAGAGAUGAGACAAUUGCUCAAGUUGGAAGCAUUAAACUGCAGCAGAAAGAUUUCUUGACCUUGGGCCUCAAUGCAGCGCUUGAGGCAACAAUUGCAAACAGCUGUCUUGAUGUGAUCGUCAUGGUGGCUAAGGAAAAGUUACCUGGCUACCACCACUUGAAUUGGACCCAUUUUUAUCAUUUCCAUAAAUUGACAAACAGAAUCGCUCCAGGACCAUGGAAGCUGAUCAAGAACAUGAAUGUUCCACAACAGCUGACUGGCUCUGUGGACUGUGGGAUCUUCAUGCUGAUGUAUGCUCUGCACAUGGUCUUUGAGGCACCCUUUGAUUUUACAGCUUCGGAUUUUCCUCUUAUUCGAAAAUGGUGGUGCCUUAUUCUCAUGGAGAAUUUUGCCAUUGAAAGGAAACAUGCUGCCGUUGAUGUGCAGGAGCCACCUAAAGCACAAGAAGACACCGAAACCGGCGACAUGGAACCACAGAUGGUCAAAGACCUCAGGACCGCAGUUGGAUGGCUGCGGGACAACUGCCACUCCUUCAGAGGUUCUGUGCAAGAGCCGUCAUAUCUGGACCUAAAGAAGGAAGACCAGGAAGAGGCCCUUCUUAAACUUGAUCGGGCGGAAAGAAAAGAUGAUCUGGAACUGGCCAAAAAGCCUUUCAUGUUUCAGUUCCAGUUUCAACAGGACAUGGAAGUUUUUCUUUUCGAAUGUCACGACGAAAGGCACCUCAGAAUAAACUCCAUGUUUAUGGAGUUUUAAUUUGUUAUUUAUUUUUCUCUUGAGAAUUAUUGAUGUAAAAUUUGUGCCUGUAUAACUUUUAUAAGAUUUAUUUUCUUUGGUUUAAUUUGUUUUAUAUAAUUUAUUUAUCUAGUUUGAUUUUGUAAUUUUAUUUAAUUAGAAAACAGCUAGUGUGUGAUUUUAUUUAAAACUCAUUUUAUUUAAAUUAAUGUUUUUUUUUUUGUUUUCAGUCCAUUAUAUUAUUGUGUAUGGUGGUCUAUGUUGUUUGAGUAUUUAAAGUUAUUUUCAACUGAAUAAAAUGUUCAAACUCUCAAGCUCUGUUUUCAUUGGAUUAUUUAUUUUUAAUUUUAUGCUUUGUCUAAUGUAUAAUAUUGUUAAUCAGUCUUAAAUAUACAUUUUCAAAUAAAUCGUUUAAAACAAA